AUGGAACCUCGUCGAUCCCUGGAGGACAUACUCAGGAUUUUCCUUGUGUUCUUACUCUCAUCACGAGGCGUAGCCUCCGUCGAAUUGAUCCCAUAUCUCGGCGUGCAUCCUGGGCAGAGAUACGAGAAUGUGUCCUCAGAAUCUCAGGAACUGUCCCUCGGGAUGUGCACCAUUAAUUGCGUGAUGCAGAAACCGAUUCCAUGCUACGCCUUCAACUAUCGGGAGACCGAUCGUUCAUGCCAAUUGAUUCUCAACAGGAUGAGCAGACUCGUGGAUGCGAAUGGAUAUUGGUCCUACGUUCAGUGGUUGUGUCUAAGAGAGUAUCCGACGAUCGAAAAUGCGAAGGUGUCCUUCGAGGGGUGGAACGGAAAGUACCCUGCUCCAGCACGGGGGAUAGUCAAGUUCCGUUGCGAACAUCCAAAAGGAUUCUCGGAUGGAGCUCUUCUUCACACGGCUGAAUGUGCCCCUUUGAAUCCGGAUUCUUGGUGCAUCUCUUUCCGGAAGGAAGCAGUACAAUGUGAGAAGGUGCAUAUAUAUCCUGAAUGUCGUCUGACGGAAAGUGGCAAGGAAUACGUUGGAAAAGUGAGCGUGACGGAAUCAGGACGGAAAUGUCUCAAAUGGAGAGACUAUCCCUAUGGAACAGAGGAUGAAUACCCGGGCGGCCCACAUCUAAACUUUUCGAGCUCUGACCCCUCUGGAACACCAAUCAUCAACUUAGAAUUCGAGGGUUGGUUCCUUAAUCGGGACUCCUGGUCUCACCACAACUACUGUCGGAAUCCAUUCUGGGGCGAUAGACCAUGGUGCUUCGUUUCCACCCCUAACAUCACAUGGGAAUACUGUAACAUCCCAAUGUGUACUGACACAGUCCCUCCGGAGUGCAAGGUGACUCAACAGGGCGGUGAAUACAUGGGAAGAAAGGAUGUGACGAUCCUAGGAUAUCCAUGCCUUCCCUGGAGAAUGGAAGAAUACAGAUAUUUUAUUAUCAGGGCGUUCCCAGAUUUCGAUCGCAUCGAUGCACAUCACAACUUCUGCAGAAAUCCGUGGAUGCAAAAGUUCAACACCCCAUAUUUCACGGGUGUGAACAUGGCUCCUUGGUGCUUCAUCGAUGUUGGGAAUAGAAUAAGGCCUGCUUAUUGCGACAUCCCAUUCUGCAAUAAGCGAGUUGAAGAUGAAGGAGACAGGACGGGCGUGUACCCGGAAUGCCGACUAUCAGAGAAAGGGAAGGAAUACGUUGGGAGCCAGAACGAGACAGAAACUGGAAAGGCUUGUCUAUCGUGGGAUUUAAAUCCAUACGGCGUCCCCUGGGAUUUUUUCCCGAGAGGGGAAAAGCAUUUCACGAAGUACUUUCAUCCCCGGAAUCGCUUGCCUGGCGAUAAAGUCGGCCAUAACCACUGCAGAAACCCAGGAGUGUUCAGGGAGCGACCAUGGUGCUUCGUUUCCGACAUCGACACGAAGUGGGAGUACUGCGACAUCCCUCUGCCAAGACCUAAGUUCGACUAUUCUCAUCCUGCACUACAAUAA